AACAUUUUAUAGAGAAGACAACCGGGAUGAAUUGUUUCAUUAUGAACCGGCUGACUGGAUGAAACCCAUCACUAAUAUACCGAAAUAUAGGAUGAAGCUGACACAUGAAAACACGCCAAUACACACAUGGAAUUUACCCGGUGUUCCUGAUGAAUUUAAAAUAUUUAUAAAACGAGAUGACAUGACAGGAAGUACUCUCUCCGGUAACAAGGUUAGGAAACUAGACUUUUUAUUGGCUGGCGCUGUUGCGCAAGGUUACAAACAGGUUAUCACCGGUGGUCAGCUUCAAUCAAAUCAUUGUAGAUCUCUUGCCAUAGCAGCACGAGAAGUGGGAAUGAAAUCACAUCUUUUGUUGAUAGUUAAUGAACAUGAUGAGAGCAAGAUAAGCAUAGAGGGGAACAUGUUGCUGAAUUGUUUAUCUGCCGCUAAGAUGUAUAUUGUACAGAAAUCGCAAGUUGGGAAGGCUGGCCUGACUCCUAAGUUUGAGAAUCUUCGACAACAUAUAAAAUUAACAACAGGAGAGAAAUGUUAUACAAUUCCAGUGGGGGGCUCGAAUGAAGUCGGGGUAUUUGGUUAUAUCGAAGCUUUUAGAGAGAUGAUGAAUCAGAAUGUAUGUGAACGGUUUGAUGACAUAGUUGUUACAUCUUGUGGAUUGGGUAAUACAUUGGCUGGUCUAGCUAUAGGCAACUAUCUGACUGGUUCACAUCUCAGAUGUCAUGGUAUAGAUGUCAGUGAGCAGACUAAUAGAGUGAUUCCCAGUAUAGACGAUAUUCUAACAAAACUUGGUUUACAUCAUGUUAAAGCUGAGAAUAUUGUCAAUGUCAUACCUGGUUACCAUGGCAACGGUUAUGGUUUAUCAACACGUGAAGAAUUAGAAUUUAUAACAAUGGUCGGUAAAAAAACAGGUAUUGUGUUGGACCCUGUUUAUACAGGUAAAGCAGUUUUAGGAUUGGUUCAAAUUCUAAAUACAAGAAAGGAAAUGUUUAAAGGAAAACGAAUUCUAUUCAUACAUACAGGUUGGUAG